AUGUCUGCCGACCUUUUGAAGCCGCUCGCCACAUUCUGUACGCAGUCGAUCUCCCAGCGAUACAUCAAGACUGUCAGAAAUCUAGGCGAUGCAUGGCGCACUCUGGCGGAACAACCGCUAUUGCCUGAGCACACAGAUUUAGCCGUAAUCGAAACGACGUUCGGCGUGACUUUGACGAUAAGAAACGAUUUUAAUAGCAAAGAUUUCUUCGCGAUGUUGGACAUCCCAUCUCUCGAAUCAGCAAGUCAGGGCGUGCCAAGAAAACAUGGCAUAACAACCCCCCCUCGGCAUUUUCGAAUAUUUGCUGAUUACGGUACCGAUUUUAUCUGGCUUAAUUAUAAUGAUCCUAUAUACGACGGCGAAAGCAGCUACAUUGAACUCGAGGAUGCACUGUCCGGCUUUCCACACGAGGUAUUUGACAACUAUGAUUCCUGGGUAGAAAUAUAUACGGUCAAUUUCAAGAAGAGAUGUGACGAUCCUGGCGAUUACUCUGUGCAUGUCUUCCCUACAGUGGCAGAGGAAGUUGCGUGGAAUGUUGCUGGGUUUUUACUUGCCUGGCGUAUUGCGUUGGCUCCGCAUGUGGGUAGCGUUGAGUUGGCAGUUGGCCGCGAUAAAUAUCUUCUCAAGAAGGGAGACGAUACAGAGAACGAGGUGACCUACAAAUUUUUGGAGAACCAAGCCGAGGUUCUAGCAAAGAAAGAGACAGUCGAAUGA